CCACCCGUCUGCCAUCGCUCACCAUUGUCACUCUCCUGCGCGUGCCGGCCUGGCCAUCUUCGCCGGCCUCACACCACUGCCUGCCUCUGUAGUCCACGCGUCCCACACUCCUCUGGCGCCCCCUGCGACCGGCAGCCAUGCUGGCCGCCUGUCCGCCGCUCGUGUACGGCACGGCGUGGAAGGAGGGCGCGACGAGCAGCCUCGUGCUGCAGGCGCUCGCCGCCGGCUUCCGCGGCAUCGACACGGCCGCGCAGCGCAAGCACUACCGCGAGCACGCUGUGGGAGAGGCACUGCUGGCCGCCGAGCGGGCGCGCCUGGUGCGGCGAGACGAGGUGUGGGUGCAGACCAAGUACACGCCCAUCGCCGGGCAGGACCGCUCGCAGCCGCUGCCGUACAGCCCCGAGGCGCCCGUGCGCGAGCAGGUGCGCGCCAGCGCCCUCGCCUCGCUGCGUGCCCUGCACCACGGCUCGCGCUGGGACUUCAGCGGCAUGGGCGCAGCAGCACCGGCACCGCAGGCGCCCAGCGCCGUGGACGGCGACAAGGCGACGGCCUCGGCGGAUGAGCCGCUGACACGGCCGUGGCUCGACGCGCUGCUGCUGCACUCGCCGCUUGGAUCUCUGGAGGAUACGCUCGAGGUCUGGGACGAGAUGCAGCGGCUGCGCGAUGAGGGCUGGGUCCGCAACGUCGGCUUCAGCAACAUCUACGAUGCUCGCAUCUGGGAUGCGCUGCUCAGCAUUCAGGGCUCAGAGCGGCGGCCUGCGCUGCUGCAGAACCGCUGGCAUGCGUCGACGGGACACGACGUCUCUCUGCUCGCCUCGCUCUCGCCCGUGCUGUCGCCCAACAGCGGCGGCGCAGCAGUCACGUACCAGCCGUUCUGGAUCCUCUCCGGCAACGGCGGCCUGCUGAGCGCGCCGGCAGUGCGCAGUGCGGCCGAGCGCCUGGAAUGGACGCCGCAGAUGGUCGUGCUGCGCUUCGUUGCGCAGGGCAUGGGCGUCGGCGGCCUCUCCACCUCGGUGCUUUGCGGCACGACCAACGAGGAGCACAUGCGCCAGACAGUCGCAGCCGUGCUGGGCUCCGAAGAGCUCGAGGACGGCGAGAUGGACGCUAUCCGCCAUGUGGUGUACGGAGAAUGA